GGGCUUUUUCAAAUUGUAGAAUUCUCACAGGGGAAUCUUUCACUUCUUUGCUCUGCUGAUCCAGAGGGCUGCUGCCAUGGCGAAGUGUUUGAUUCAAUCUCAAAGGCAUUGAAGAAGGGCUGAAGGCUUUCCUUGUGAAAGAACGUCAAAUACUUGAAUAUCUGCACAAUGCGUGCUUUGUUCAUUAGCGGGGUCCGUCGGUCCGGCAUUCGUCAUAGGCCAUAUAUGCAGAUUGAGGAAGUUUUUAGUCCAAAGUAGGUGGAGGAGGGUCCCCGCACAGCAAUGGCAACUGCAGCUGUGACAACGUGUGCUCGACUGACUGUCGAUGAGAGAGUGUGGUACGUGCUUGGGGAGUGGUCCAAAACGCACUUCACGAUUCGUGUCUCAGAUGGUGCGCAAGCUUGGGAAGGGCAAGUCUCUGCUGAUGAGGUCGAGAAAAGGGCAAACCGGUGGGACUGGACUCCUCUGAAGUACGUUGAUGCUGCGGUGGAACAUUUGAGGGAACAGCAGGAGGAAGCAAAGGCGUCGUACCAAGUGACCGAGAAGGAUGCCAGAACUUUACAGCUGGCCUGGGAAAUGAAGCAAGCAGGCGAAGAAGGGGUCCCGCUGCGUGGGCUGGUCAAUCUCGAGAAGACGGACGACCCUGGGGCUGUCCUGCGCUUGAUGAUGGACUACAUGCACAGGAAACGUGCGCAGCUAGAGAUGGAACUGUCUCGAAAGACACGUGCCUUCCGGAACAUGAAGGAGGAGGCGGACAAGUGCGCCAACCAGGCGCGGGGCUUCGCUGAAGAGAAAGCGCAUCUCGAGUCGGACUUGUACCAAAAGUUUGCCGCCGUGCUCAACGCCAAAAAGGCCAAGAUCCGAGAGCUCAAGAGCCAGCUAGGCGAUGGUAGGCCUUUGGCAAUAAUGCCGGCUGCCGACGAGUCGGAUGAGGGGGAGGCGACGGGGAAUGAAGCGAGCGGGGGAGAAGACGACCUAGAAGAAGAGGAAGAAGAAAGGAAUCAGGACCGGGGGGGUUCUGGUGGCCGAAGCGAGGAGGAUCGAGGAGAGCGAACGGAAGUUGAGGGAAUGGACAGGGACGGGGGGGCGACUGUGAUGGAGGAAGAUGUGAAGCCGUCUGUGAAUGGGAGAGGGCAAAAUGGACGGCAAGCAGACAAAGAUGAGGAGAAAGGAAAAGGGAGGGAAAGCAAAGAAGAGUCGAUAGAGCGACAAGAUGAUAGGAAGCCGCAAGGGAAUGUAGGAAGCGCUCUUCUUGGAGGAGGGUCAACGUAUACCAGCGGUCCAAGGAAACGACGGCGGUGAUAUCUUUGUCAAGGAGACGACUAAGACAUGGACUGGUCGACUUCAGGUUGCAAAUGCAAUUUUUUUUUGCUAUUUGCCAUAUCAUCC